AAUGUCGUUGAGGAAACAUUGUGUCGAGUGGGCGGGGAGAGAACGACAGACGGACUGCUUUCACAAACUCUUGACACUUUCUCUCACAGUCGCCCUAGUAAGGAUUAACCUACUUUCACUCUUCUGACCCUCGACAUGUCAAACAACAACGCCAGCAGCAACUUGGUCGUCGCUCAGAGAGUAGUGAAACAGCUGCGGCUGGAGGCCAGUGUCCGUAGGAUCAAGGUGUCACAGGCUGCAGUGGACCUGAAGAACUACUGUCUGCAGAAUGCUCACCAGGACCCUCUCCUGAUGGGGGUCCCCUCCAGUGACAACCCCUUCAGACCCCCCAAGUCCUGCAGCCUGUUCUGAGCAGCAGUCAGUGUAUGGAGGAGGAGUUGUUGCUGUAUGUCCUAUGAGGGACCCUUCCUCUUCUCUCUCUACUGCUGGUCCAUUUGUGUGUUGCAGCUAUCCCUCUAGCCUGAUCCCAGAUCUGGCAUGCCAAGGCACGACAAUGACCAAAGAUGUUGGCAAGACCGCACAAACAGAUCUGGGACCAGGCUAGACAGUCUGUGUAUUAAGAUAAAGCCUAGUAGUGCCAUUAUACAUGUAUGUUCAGGAUGUUGAUGUGAUAUCCUAUUUGUUAUGAUGAUCAUGAUGAUGACAUUGUAUUAGGGUUGUAACUUCCUGAAAAUUCCCCAGUUUUCCAGAAAUUCCUGUUGUAAGAUUCCUGGAAUCGGGAGGGAAUAAGCAGAAAACCCAGGAAUCUUCUACUGGAAUUUCUGGAAAAAUCUGUCAAGUUUUGGAAAGUUACUGUAGUUCUCCAACCCUACAUUGUAUCUAUGCACUGUACUUUCCACCAGUAUGAUAUCAGCCUCUGAUAGGCAGGCAGCCAGUGAAUGUGCCUUUGAGGUUGUCUCCCAAAUAGCACCCUAUUCCCUAUAUAGUGCACUACUUUAGACCAGAGCCCUAUAGUGCAGUAUAUAGAGAAUAGGGUGUUAUUUGGGAUGCAACUUAUGUGUCCGACGACAUGUUCCGCACAAUAAGGAAGUGACCAACCGUUGAAUGUUUUAACCAGGGUACGUAUUGAUAUUUAGCCUACAGUUCUAGCCUAUUGGCCUACAUGCUGUCCUGUCACCUUCUAUUGCUUGUGUUCCACGUGCAGUAUACUUCCUGGUACAAACUACCACAUGGUACAGGUUGACAUUCUCAACCCAGGGAUCCAGAACCAUAGAAUUAGAAUCUAGAAUUAAUGCGGAACACUAACCACAUCUCCCCAGUUGUACUCUAUACAAGAGACUGGCAGUUACAUGUUUAUUUUAAACUUUCGUCAACCUAUUUUAUUUAAGAUUUUAUGAAAUAAUCUGCCUUUUUAUCGAAGGGUUCGUUCAUUCGGUUGUGAUGAUACUGAUGUGAUCUUAAAUGUUACAUUGUUGUGCCCUCCUGUACCUUUUUUUUAGGAAGACACUCCUGUCCUUGGCCUUUUUCCCUGGAAAUACUCAUGUCCUUCUCACGUUUUUUCCACUAGCCUACAUUCAGUCACAGAUAACACUAUAGCAUGGUUUUACACUAGCCUACAUUCAGUCACAGAUAACACUAUAGCAUGGUUUAACACUAGCCUACAUUCAGUCACAGAUAACACUAUAGCAUGGUUUUCCACUAGCCUACAUUCAGUCACAGAUAACACUAUAGCAUGGUUUAACACUAGCCUACAUUCAGUCACAGAUAACACUAUAGCAUGGUUUUCCACUAGCCUACAUUCAGUCACAGAUAACACUAUAGCAUGGUAUUCCACUAGCCUACAUUCAGUCACAGAUAACACUAUAGCAUGGUUUUCCACUAGCCUACAUUCAGUCACAGAUAACACUAUAGCAUGGUUUUCCAUUAGCCUACAUUCAGUCACAGAUAACACUAUAGCAUGGUUUUCCACUAGCCUACAUUCAGUCACAGAUAACACUAUAGCAUGGUUUUCCACUAGCCUACAUUCAGUCACAGAUAACACUAUAGCAUGGUUUUCCACUAGCCGACAUUCAGUCACAGAUAACACUAUAGCAUGGUUUUCCACUAGCCUACAUUCAGUCACAGAUAACACUAUAGCAUGGUUUUCCACUAGCCUACAUUCAGUCACAGAUAACACUAUAGCAUGGUUUUCCACCAGCCUACAUUCAGUCACAGAUAACACUAUAGCAUGGUUUUACACUAGCCUACAUUCAGUCACAGAUAACACUAUAGCAUGGUUUUCCACUAGCCUACAUUCAGUCACAGAUAACACUAUAGCAUGGUUUUCCACUAGCCUACAUUCAGUCACAGAUAACACUAUAGCAUGGUUUUACACUAGCCUACAUUCAGUCACAGAUAACACUAUAGCAUGGUAUUCCACUAGCCUACAUUCAGUCACAGAUAACACUAUAGCAUGGUUUUACACUAGCCUACAUUCAGUCACAGAUAACACUAUAGCAUGGUAUUCCACUAGCCUACAUUCAGUCACAGAUAACACUAUAGCAUGGUUUUACACUAGCCUACAUUCAGUCACAGAUAACACUAUAGCAUGGUUUUACACUAGCCUACAUUCAGUCACAGAUAACACUAUAGCAUGGUUUUCCACUAGCCUACAUUCAGUCACAGAUAACACUAUAGCAUGGUUUAACACUAGCCUACACUCAGUCACAGAUAACACUAUAGCAUGGUAUUCCACUAGCCUACAUUCAGUCACAGAUAACACUAUAGCAUGGUUUUCCACUAGCCUACAUUCAGUCACAGAUAACACUAUAGCAUGGUAUUCCACUAGCCUACAUUCAGUCACAGAUAACACUAUAGCAUGGUUUUCCACUAGCCUACAUUCAGUCACAGAUAACACUAUAGCAUGGUAUUCCACUAGCCUACAUUCAGUCACAGAUAACACUAUAGCAUGGUUUUCCACUAGCCUACAUUCAGUCACAGAUAACACUAUAGCAUCUUUUUACACUAGCCUACAUUGUCACAGAUAACACAAUAGCAAAUGGGAACGUAUUUAACUAAGACAAACACUAAUUUCCAUAUGCCACAGCUGGUGCUUCGGCUUGUUUCAGGUUACUGAUUAGCCACAUCACCAUGACUACCAUUUUUAUGAUUCCAUCAGCCUACAUCGCAGUUUGUUUUUAUCGUUGAACUGUGAGCGUGGAACUGUCUAGCCUCGCUACCGGCCUUGAAUGAGGAGUUUUAAUUUGAUACCUGAUAUACUGUCCAUCCUCUGUGCCUGAACUUUGUAACUGUGUUAUACUGUCCAUCCUCUGUGCCUGAACUUUGUAACUGUGUUAUACUGUCCAUCCUCUGUGCCUGAACUUUGUAACUGUGUCAUACUGUCUAUCCUCUGUGCCUUAACUUUGUAACUGUGUUAUACUGUCCAUCCUCUGUGCCUGAACUUUGUAACUGUGUCAUACUGUCGAUCCUCUGUGCCUUAACUUUGUAACUGUGUUAUACUGUCCAUCCUCUGUGCCUGAACUUUGUAACUGUGUUAUACUGUCCAUCCUCUGUGCCUGAACUUUGUAACUGUGUUAUACUGUCCAUCCUCUGUGCCUGAACUUUGUAACUGUGUUAUACUGUCUAUCCUCUGUUUCUGAACUUUGUAACUGUGUUAUACUGUCCAUCCUCUGUGCCUGAACUUUGUAACUGUGUUAUACUGUCCAUCCUCUGUGCCUGAACUUUGUAACUGUGUUUCCAACCUAGUAAAUCACAUUUACCACUA